GACCCAUCAGCUAUCCUCACCUGGUUUUGCCAGCCGGUUGAAGCCAUUCCUAGGAUUGUGGCCCCUGUUGCAUGCUGACAGCUUCUGGAAGCCACAGUUCUCUUCCUUGAAACCCAAACAGGAUUCCCUUUCCUCCCACUCUGAAGAAGGAGAUGGAAAAGACAGUCAGAACUCCAGGGGAUGGGUCACCUUUCGUUCCAUUAGGAAUAGAAAUUAAAAUGUGUGAAAUGUGGAAUAUGCUUCAUUGAAUGAGGACACAUAGUUCACAUCAACAACCUCCAACAGGGGAGAAAUGAUUUAAAGGUAUGGAGUGUGGGAAAAGUUUCGCUGAUAGUGGAAACCUUAGAACACAUCAACGGACUCACACAGGGGAGAAACCAUUUAAAUGCCUGGAGUGCGGAAAGACCUUUACUGGUAAUGGAAACCUUAGAAGACAUCAACAGACUCAUACAGGGGAGAAACCAUUUAAAUGCCUGGAGUGCGGAAAGUGCUUCAGUCAGAAUGGAAGCCUUAGAACACAUCAACGGACUCACACAGGGGAGAAACCAUAUAAAUGCCUGGAGUGCGGAAUGUGCUUCAGUCAGAAUGGAGACCUUAAAUUACACCAGCGGAUUCACACAGGGGAGAAACCAUUUAAAUGUAUAGAGUGCGGAAAGAGCUUCAGUGAUAAUGGAAAACUUAGAAGACAUCAGCAGACACACAGCAGAGAAACCAUUUAAAUGUAU